UCCCCGCAGGCGGAGGCCGAGGUCACGUCUCUCGGUCGACGUCUGCAGCUCAGCGAGGAGAACCUGGACCGCACUCAGGAGAGACUCGCCGCCGCGCUGCACAAGCUGGACGAGGUUGAGAAGGUAGCCGACGAGAGCGAGAGGGGGAUGAAGGUGAUUGAGAACAGAGCUCUGAAGGACGAGGAGAAGAUGGAGCUGCUGGAGGUGCAGCUGAGGGAGGCCAAAACCAUCGCUGAGGAGGCAGACCGCAAGUAUGAGGAGGUGGCUCGUAAACUGGUGAUGGUGGAAGGAGAGCUGGAGCGAGCUGAAGAACGAGCGGAGCAGGCCGAGAGCAAGACCCGGGUGUUGGAGGAGGAGCUGAAAACUGUGUUCACAAGUGCAAAGUCUCUGGAGGCCCAAGCCGACAAGUACUCUCAGAAGGAGGACAGGUAUGAGGAGGAGAUCAAGAGUCUGCGCAACAGACUGAAGGAGGCUGAGACCAGAGCUGAGUUUGCCGAGCGCUCGGUGGCCAAACUGGAGAAAACCAUCGACGGUCUGGAAGAUGCUUUGACUUCUGCCAAGAACGCAAACCUGGAGCUCCAGGCGACCCUGAACCAGACCAUGGAGGAGCUCAACUCCUGCUGAACCUCUGGCUCCGCCUUACCUGACGUGGAUGUCAGGAAACUCUGUGGCCAAAAUAUUCCUCUUCCCUUUCUUCCUCUGGCUCAACCCCUUUUGUCACUGGCCCCUCCCCUUUUCUCUGCUUGCUGGAGGUCAAAAACUAGAUCCUCUGAUCCUGCUAUGAGAGGAGUGUGGGAGAUAUUUCCUCUCCAAUCUGGCUCCUCCCCUCACCUUUGGCCCCUCCCCCUCUUUUCUCACAUUCCUACUUUGAACUUUUUCUGCACAGUUUGCUUUGCCUCCACCCCAGUCAUGUUUUUGUAAUAAUGAGUGACUAACAGCCCCGCCCCUCGUUAACUAAUGACUAAUGGCGUGUUUGUCUUAACGGUUUGUUGUUCCUGCUUUAGUUCACUUUGCCACAAUAAAUAUUGAUGACUGAUUGAUGAAAGCCAAUCUUCUGUUAGCCAAUUAAUUAUUGUUUUUGUCUUCUGGGGUGUGGCUUACUGGAGUGACCAAUAACGGAGGCAUUCAACUGCCAAAUAUGGUGAACAAAGGGGCCAAUCACAAGCCAGACACGCCUCCUGUUUUCUUUGACCUUAGGACAGAAUCAAAGUUAAGAAAAGUGAUUACCUGGAGGCAGGUGCUGUCAUCACUGAUGAUGUCACAGUUCAUUGUAAUAAAUCGUGAAAGUGAAACAGGAUUUUAUAAAAUAAAAGUACCGUAUGUAGACCCAAA